CCAACCAGUAGUUUGCGAUCUGUUAAUUGUCUCUGAAGCGUAUUCAGCAGCCCGAGAGCAGAUACGAACAAGCAAUGAGAGGUUUCAUCGUAGCCAGCCUCUGGCUAGUUCUGACGACGAGCGUUGCCCUCGGUUCACCCGUCGGCAGCUGCUCUACGUUCUCCGGCUCGGGCUCGAUAACCUUCCUGCGUGACGACAGGAACUGCUCCGUCUUCUACGAGUGCGUCUCCACCGAGCCUACCAUGGUGGUGUGCCCCAGCGGGCUGCACUUCAACGCGGUGCUCAAGGUGUGCGACUGGCCGGCGGCCGCGGGCUGCUCCGUCACCACGCCGGCCCCCGUCAAGUCGACGGUCUUUACGCGCGCCACGCCCCAACCCGAGGCGACGCCGGACAAGGCAGAGCCGCCCGGCGCCCAGACCGUCAUCUUCACGCGCGAGCCCUCCAGCACAGUUCCCGCGCCGGUCGACGUCGUCCCAGUGAAGCCGCAAGAAAGCACGGAGUGCCCCGCGGUCGGCGGCUGUCCCAAGUACAACGGCGACGACACUCUGGUGAUCCAACUGCCGCACGCUUUCAACUGCAGCCGCUUCUGCAUGUGCGACCACGGGAAGCCGGUCACGUUCGAAUGUCCCAGCGGGCUGCACUACAACAAGGCAGAAGGCAUCUGCGACUGGCCCGUCAACGCCAAGUGCGUGCCCGACAGAGGAUUCGCUGGUAUGUGGUCUCCGCCGGAGCCAGAUGUUCCCGCCGAGUCGUCCAGGCGGCGACGCUCCUGGAACCUCAUCCGCUUCCCCUAGUCACCAACAAUCCAGCUUUGAUUAACUUCUCACGGUUUGGAUUCACAGUCAUAUGAUAUUUCUUAAAAGAACCACACGAAACUGGAAGACUACAAACUGUAACAAGGUAACUUUGCAGUGUUACUUGAAAAUGGCCAUAAGGCCGAAAUUGCAAUAGUAACAAAUAUUUUAUACAGUCAACGGCGACUACGAUGUCUUUUAAGGAUCCCAGCUUUGGUUUACAAAUUACAAUGACCUCACAGUAACUCAAAAUUUUUCUAAAAUUACUUUCCAGCUCUGUUAUGUAACCACUUUUCUGGAAUGCAUUAACAAGUUGACAAUAACCUACGGUGCGUUCGACAUCAUUAAGACUGAGAUAUAAAUGUAGCAUAAAAAGUGACUUAUUACAGCGGGACAAUGUUAACUAUGUGUAAGUACACACAGACUCAUUCACACAAACGUGAUCGAACAUUACAAAUACACACACACACACACACACACACACACACACACACACACACACACACACACACACAUACAUAU